AUGGCAGAAUUCAACGUCUCCAGAACACAGUCUCUUUUGCCUCUUACGCUCUACACGCUAGGCAUAGCUAUUGGUCCUCUAUUUAUCGCCCCGUUCUCCGAAGUUUUUGGCCGAAAGUGGAUUUAUGUUGCCACCAGUACCUGCCAUCUGGCUUUCAUAGGCGGGGCUUCUGCAGCGCGAAGUUUCUCUACCCUCAUGGCAUGUCGCUUUCUUGCCGGAACUCUCGGGUCGGCUGGGGUUGCUAUCGGAGCAGGCACCAUCGCCGACAUCUGGCAAUUGGAUAAGACAGGCGCAGAUGCGUCGCUGCUGUUCAUUCUAGCCCCAUUUCUAGGGCCGACAUUAGGCCCUCUCGCUGGGGCUUACGUAUUGGAUGAUAGAAAUUAUGAUUGGCGAUGGACACAAUACCUUUUGCUCAUUAUAGGCGCCCCUAUUUGGGUUGCUUGCUUGCUUAUGAAGGAGACGUCGAAGUCGCGGAUUUUGCAGCAUGAAUCCAAGACUGAAGCGGCUGUCGAUAUACGAACACUUGGCGACAUUAUAAGGCGUGCCCUCAUACGCCCAACCAAAAUGCUCCUCACCGAACCUGUUGUCUUUUCAUUGGCUAUAUAUGCAGCGUUUGUAUAUGCGAUGAUAUUCAGCUAUUUUGCGAGUGCCUCAUAUGUUCUGCAAGUUUACUACAAUUUCAAUCUGCAGGAAGUUGGGCUGUCUUUCAUUAGUGUCAUCAUCGGCUAUCUGUUGGGGAUCGCCGUAUACAUGGGUUUUGACCACACAUUACAUGAUCGAGCACGCAAGGCAAGCCCCAACGGUGUGGCGGACCCGGAACACCGGCUAUACGCUGCGUUUGUCGGAAGCAUUUGUUUGCCGGUGGGACUUUUCUGGUAAGCUUUUAAAAAAAGGCAAGAUCUUUCGUCUUUACAUCCUAAAAAGUUUACAGGUAUGCCUGGGAGGCACAUGAUGGUGGACGCUGGGCAGCCCUUGUCGCAGCCGGAAUCCCCUUUGGGAUAGGUUCAUUCUCAUUGUUUGUAAGUUACAUCGACCUUAUGACCGAGUUCAUACUGAGAUAGGUGGGUAGUUGUCUAUAAUAACCUACACGGUAGAUUUCUAUGGUGCUAGAGGUGCUGCUUCAGGUAAGUCUACCUUUCUAAGCAACUUACUUCACUUCAUUUGGCUGACCUCUGCAGCUCUUGCGGCAAACGGCAUUAUACGAUACACGUUAGGUGCAGUGUUUCCCCUCUUCACCAUUCAAAUGUUUGAGAAGCUUGGGGUCAACUGGGCUGGCAGUGUUUUUGCUUUCCUUUGUCUUCCACUUCUACCGAUCCCUUGGCUUCUCUUUCGAUACGGCAGCCGGUUGAGGCAGGGAAGCAAAUUCGUCAACUCAUUUUGA